CUUGUUUCGGAUUUAGAGGCAGCGGGCCAGCGUGACACAUUUUAUCGGCGUAAUAUUUUUGCGGGCAACAUGACUCUCGCGCGCGUUCAUUUGUGAUGUUUACUCGCUGAAGUUCAAAUGUUUGAACGUGCGAAUAAAGCUCCAAGCGAGCAGGAGACGGGAUGCACUUAUGCUGCGCCAGAGCACUACUGUCGUUAUUGCUUUCUACAUCGUCUUGUUUAGCUCGACGUUCAUCACAAACAAGUAUGUUCUCACCGUAGAAAGGUUCGCCUAUCCUGCUAUUUUUCAAUGCUGGCAGGUCCUGGUGGCUGCUGUUGGCUUUGUUGUAGCUGCUAGCUGUUGCAAAUGGAAGUGGCACAUGCAAUGUCUGAUACUGACUCUUCAGUACAUUUGGAAAACGGUGCCAUAUUAUACACUGAGCAUAUAUGCUGGUUCUCGGGCCCUCACAAUCCUUCCUCUUUCAAUAUUUCUGGGCAUCCACAACUCUUUGCUACUUUUCCACUGUGGUUUGGAUCUAGACUUUGGCAAACAGAGUGUUUUCUUCAGUACCAACCCGAAGGACUUGGUAGCAUUUACUUCUGUGGCCGUGAGCAGCAUAAUGCUUGUUACCACUGUCCCAAGAGGCUUUGGUAGUGCAAUGUGGUGGAUGUUGCUUCAUAUUUGUUGUGCAGGUGUUAUCCUUUCUACUGAAAAGUCUUCGACUGUCUGCAUUAAAACUGAUGCAUUCAACAGACAGCUAAUAUACACGACAACAAGUUUUAUUUUACUGUUGCCUGCAAGCUAUUUCUUGGGUGAUUUUCAUGCAGUCUUCCUAUACCCUUAUCUUACUUCUCCUGGAUUUUGUUGGUCGUUUGUUACGAGUGCUGUUUUGGGAUGUUUGCUGCUAAUGCUCUACCCUACGAUUUCAUCAUUAGAAGUUGUCAACUUGAAUCAUGUUGGCUUAGCUAAGGUUAUUGUGUCUGCUAUCUCCCUGUUGUCGUUCGGUGUACCUACAGUGCCACAAGAUUACCUGUUCUGGACAGCUCUGUCACUUCUUGCUGGCAUGUUUGCCCCCAAAGUCGUCACUUCAGAUGCUGACAGAUGUGUCCUCUCCAAUAUUCGGCAGACGAUGCAGCAUGUCUGAUUGGCCUGUCCAUGCAUUCUUACGAGCACAUUUAUAUUGCGCUUGGCACUUAGUAGAAAAAUUUAUCACCUCAAGUGAAGGGCCCAUUGAAUUUCUUGGCCCUGAGCUUAUAAGUUUACAAAUAAGGUGCAGAAUUGAGCACAAUAUUUUAACAUGAGUAAUUUAAUGGAAAUUGUUACCAAAUCAGCUCGUUUUUAGGCUCUUAGUGUUAUAAUUUCUUAAAUGGUUUUAUGUGGAUAAUGACAUGUUUUGUAGAACAGGUUUUGUAAUUGUUCUAUUAUUUUAUCAAUGUUUUUAUCCACUGCCAUUGGCUUGCAACCCUCUGAGCUACUGCUGUCAUUGGAAUGUACCACGCAGUGCAAUGUAUGAGAGAAUUAAGGAAAAGUAAUUGUUAGAAAUAUAAGCAUAAGCUAGCUCUCAGUUGCAGCAAUACAUACAGUUGAACUCGAUUGAAGAAAUGAAUGGAUGGAUGGAUUAUUAACUUUAUUGAGGUCCUUUGGCAUGCGCAAUUAGCGGACAGCGGACCACACACAGAGGUGCCUUGUCCCUCCGCUGCAUCACAGUUCCGAUGGACAGCCCAGAAUUAAGGAAUUGGGUAAUGGGGAUGCUUGAAUGAUUUAGUUGGAACGGGGGUUUUGCAAAAUCACGAAAGGGAUUUUUCGGUUUUUCAAAAUUUUAAAUUGUAAUUUGUAAUAUAGUGGCACCCAAAAUCUACCACGGCAUUGUUUCUAUUGUCAACUCAUGCCUGCAGGUCUAAAAACUUAUUGAGAGCAACCCAAGGGCAGCCUAGACAUGAGGGAUGCUGUGUCCGGGCAGUGCAGGUCAGGUUAAUGGUCACAUGCAGUUAUGACUGCCUACUGAUAUGCGAUGAUGCAGAGAACAAAUGCAGUAACUGUUUUCGGGGGCUGAUAAAGGAAGAAAUGGGAGGUUAUGGUCAGUGCUUUCAUUACAUAGACCAUAAUAAUGCUACCAGCUGCCAAGUCGAUUAUUCUGUGCAUUGGCCUGGCGUGCAGCCUCAUCAAAGCAAAGCUAGGGCCACAUUACAGCUCCUAAUGCGUUGCCAUUAGAGUACACACUCAAAAAAAUAAACAUGCCUCUGUCAAAAUUAGGAGGAAAGCACCACUUUUUCACUCUGUUAUUUCAAAAAAGACUUUGUUAAACCUGUUCGGGUGGCCACAUUAGUUUGUAGGUUUGUGUUGACGGCAACACUGGACCCUAUGGUUAUUUGCAAGAAAAUAGAAAUUUUUUCAUUAGAUUGCGAACUUUGUAAAAUCUAGUUUCGUUUUUAUACUGUAUUUGUGAAAGCAAUUCGUAUUGAUAUGUUUUACUUAAGUGGCAUUUUGUCAGAAUAUGUGACAUACUGACGUUUGUCAAGACUGACUGUUUUGGAUAAAUUAAUUUAUUUGUAUGCAUUCGAGCACGAGCAUUUUUCGAAAUAGUCCCAUUGUACAGCAACACAGUGCACCCAUCAUUCCGCCACGCUGGGAGUACGUUCUGGAAAUUUUUCCCGAAAAAGCUGGGCACCAUCUGCGGUUCGAGUUCUAUGAUAGCAAGCAAUCUUGUCAAAAUGGCUAUUUUUUGGCGAGAUUUACUAUUUUGAAAAGAGCAAUGUUAGCAGGAGACAAAUCUCGCAAAUAGGUUAAAUGUGGAGGAGUAGCUGUGUAGUUGUGUUGCCUUUGGGAAAGUUGUGUUGCCUUUGAGGGAAUUCCCUCAUGUAUAGUUUUGUGCAGAGUUCUCUGUUAUAGGAUGCAUUGUUGUUGUACAAUGUCCAGCUCCUUCUAUGCUCCAGAUCAAGUAACUUUUUUUUUUUCUUUUUUGCUAGACUUCCUCUCUUAGAUGCUCUGAAGCAUUGUAAAUUACGCUCACUUUAUGCGGUAUGGUGAUUCGGCACAAAUUCCCUAUACAAAAUGCCAUCAAUAUCUAGAAAUACGUGUUUGCUUUUGUUGUGCUAAGUACUUGUUCCAGUUAUGAAGAUAACAUUUUCCACUGCAAUUGUAUCAUUAACCCUUUGAUGCCCAAAAUUUUGUUUAAAUGCACAACAUGAAGAAAACUCUGGCAUGCAUAAAGAAAGGUCACAAUAUGCCAGUUACGUUGUCAGAAAAGAAUUAUGUUUAUUUAUAGGUGAGUAAUGAGGUGUUGCUCCUGAGCAACAUUGGGCACUUGAGGCACUACUUCACGUGGAAUGCCUUGAAGCAGUUGCGGCUUGGAAGGAGGUACAAGUGCAUGUUGCACUUAGCGCAGUACAGAAACGUGUAGCCGAACUUGCAGAACUUGCAUCGUUUUUUUUUUUUUUUUUCGCCGUACUGUGGCCAGUGGUUCAUGCCAUCGUACCUCACGUCCACUGUGGGUCCCGGUGUCACCGGAGAAUGGAUCAAGUGUUUGGCGGGCACGAUUCCAGCUUCAGCAGCCAUACCUGACCUUCUUUUCAAAGGAUUUGACUUCAGAUGUGCAAGGGUUUGGGCAAUCUGCAUUCGAAAAGCUAGCAGAGACAACCUUCUUUUGAUAGAUAGCUGGGCACAGUGGCAUUUAUACAGGAGCCACCCAUUGACAAUAGAAACAUCCAUCAUCCAGUAAAAAAUGCGCAUGUACCAUCUUUUCGAUUUGUGGUCUGUGCGGGACAGCUCAAUAAGCAUGUCGGCGAGAUCAACACCUCCCAUGAAGGCAUUGUACUCCUUUACGGCGAAAGGGCGUGGAACAUCAAUGCUGCGCUUUUCUUUGCUGUUCCACCGCUUGCAAAGGUCGGCUGGUUGGACACCAGCGUAGCUUGACACGAGGUGUACAGAGUUGCUGUCAAACCAUUUGAUGACUCCAAUGUUAGAGUCCUCGUCCACGCGAAAAUCCACCGAGCCUCUUCCUUGCGCCUUGAGAGUUGCGUCAGGUGCCAGCGGACACUUCUCUGUCUUGUCGACUCUAACGGUACCAACACUCAGAAAUCCUUUGCGCUUCAACUCGUCUGGCGAGAUGUUCCCGGAACAGCUUCAACAGGGUUGCUUGGCAUUCCUCCGUCGUCGUCUUCUCGCGGAUGUUGAUCGCGAAGAUUUAUCACAACUUCGAGCGGACAGGAAUCAAUCAAUUUUUUAUCAUCUCUAGGUUCAUAUUCCGGAUCAUCUGGGUCGCUGUCGAAAUCAACAUCGGAUAAUUCACCAUCCGGAAGGAAGAUUAGCUCCUGUAUUUCUUCAUCUGUCAGCCAUUUCUUUUCUUUUGACAUCGCCAUCUAUACAUGAAAGACAAAAGAAUAUUGUCCAAUAACUAUCACUUAUCGUAUUUCGUAGAAAUAAGGUUAUGUUAUUGCCUGGUUUUGCGUUCAGUCAAGCAGAGAAACGCAACAAGCAUCCAACCCUAUAUCGGCUUGCACCUCCGCAAAUGCCCGACGUUGCUCGUGAGCAACAGCAUUUUUGGAGGGAAGAUUUCUGACGCGUAAAAUGCGGCCACACCAUUCAGCCUGUUCAUAAGUGUUCUACAACGCCUUAUGCGCAAUUUUGAGUAUAACAUAGCUCGCGGUAGCGUCCCAUUCCGCUGUAGUAGGAUAAAUUUACUCACGUGUGCGGAGCUUGCCUUGCAAACGCUCGAACAAAGUACUAGAAAAAGGCGAUGCUGCCAUCUGUGUGUAUUUCUUUGAAGCUUAGGACGCUUGGUAGACUUUGUCUCUUUCCACAGAUGGCGCUAGCAGUAUCACACAGCAACAUGCUUUUGCGGAAAAAAUUAUUUUUGGGGUUGUUGCCCCAGAGCAACAGUGGGCAUCAAAGGGUUAAUAUUGUAGGCAGAAUCUUUCCUUUCAGCUUAGUCCAUCGUCAUCCUUUACAUGAGAUACAGGGAAUUCACAAAAUUUCAGUUCAGCUUAUCCCGGCUUUCUUGUUUGAAAAAAAAAACUCUGAGGUCACCUUUUUACAUGAUUGUCAGAUCAAGCUUAAUUGAAGAGGAUGCUUGACUUGGUCUGGAUGUUGACUUACUAAACCUACUUUUCCCAAAGUGGCCGGUAUGCUGGGAGCACUGGAUUCUUAGGAAAGGGACCAUUUCAAAAGUAACAUUGUGGGAAUGUAUGUUCAUCAGCUGCAUUCUUCAAAACAAAGUCAAUUACAAAACUCCUUGCUAUUCCUUGUUUUUUUAAGCAGCUCAAUUGUUAUGUUGUGGGGACAGUUCUGGUUGUUUUAUGUUAUUGUAUGAAAUUGACAUUAUGCAAGAACAUUGAACAAAUGUCUUGCUUUGUUGUUUCCUUAAAAGGGCACUAAAGAGAAACAUUGAGGGAAGCUAAUCUGGCAGCUGAGACUUCAGCAAUUACUAACUCACCAGGCACAAGUCUGCUGUAUUGUCCCCUGCCGUGGCGGUUGCAAUUUGAUAGAAGUGAAAUGGUAGAGGUGUGCAUACUAGGUGAUGUCAGUGCACAUUAAAGGAUACUAGAUGGUCGAAAUUGCCGGAGCCUACCACUAUGGCAUCUCUCAUGAUCAUAUCGUGCUUUUGGGACGUAAAACCCCAGAUGUUAUUAUUACUACUAUUAUUUUUUGGUGUUGUUGUUUUAUUGUUGUAUUGUUCUGAGUUUGACAAAAGGCCGCUUAGUGAGGGCAUAUAUUUUCUUGGAGAUAAACACUUGUAAGAGAGAACCAAUAAAAAAAAAAGUCUGAUAAUGGUCAUGGGAAAGAACUAUUGUGUGGACUGACAAGGCAGUUUGCAAUACAGUAGAAUCUCGCCACGAAUUUGAAGAAAGCACACAGAAUAUUCGUAUCAUCCCCAAUUCGUAUAAUCCAAAAACAAGUUAAAACAGAUAGUGAAGACUUACAAAAACUUUAUUGACAACUGCUUCUUGCUGAAAAAGUCACUGAUAUUUGUUUGAACUUUCCUUUAUUCACCAUCUUCUCUAUAAAGUGCUGCAGUUUCCUCACUCAUCCUGCUGGUGCGGCGGAUUCACACUUGUCAUCAAAGGGAACCAAAGCAGUCAAACUCAUUGAAAAUUCACUCACUUCACAGCGCUUAAGCAGACAGGGAAUCGCGCCGUGAAGUCGACAUGAAAAAAAUUGGUCUUGGAGAAUUCAUAUUGAGGAAUUCAAGCGAAAACGUCAGAGCGGCCGGAAAACCAUGUUCACGCCCAUUGAAAGCGUUCACAUAUGCCACCGCUGACAUCGCUGCUUGAGAAUUUAUUCCAUUUUGCCCGUUUCCUGAGCAUUAAAGUUUGUACCGAGUUCUGGUUAUGUAUGCAAAGCAGUGAGAGAAAACAGUUGAUACCUUUACAAACGUUGUCUUGGAAGAUACGACAGCAGAAACAAGAGUGGAUUCAGCGGCGGCGACGCUUUCAGCUGGCAGUGCAAAAGCGAGACAUGUUGGGACAUGCCGAUUCGCUGCUGCAACACUUUCUUCUACUUCCAGUGUUCUCAGUGAUCUUAAUUUAAAGCAGGCUCUCUAUGAAUGUGUCCUUGUCAAGGCAGUGAGCUUUGAUGUGCUGCAUGGGUAGUUUCCGAUAGCGCCUACUCGAUCCAUUGCUGACGCCUUUACCGCCAUGUUGAAUUUGCGGCUAGUUGUUUGCAUCGCGUGGUUCGAGAGCUAGAGCAGUCGGUGAAGCCUAAGCCAAAAGCGAUCUGGUAUCGCGGAAAAAUUAAUUUGGAAAAAUUGGUCUCGGACCGAUUUUUUUGCCUUGGCUUUUGCGGCAUGUUUUUCCGGCCACCAAAGCGAGAAAAAUUCUGCCGAGUUCUGCCGCAUUCAUUCUCUUUGAGGCCAAGAGUGAACGCACUUUCCUCCCACAAACAAGCUGCAUUGUGCUGCUUGCAUGCAGCAGUCAAUCGCAAAUUCCUAUUAUCCGCGGUGACUGGGGAAACCAUUCGUGUAGCACCGAAUCACGGCAUUUUUUUAUAUAAAGUAGUCCAUCCAAAACAACCUUAAAAUUUGUAUAAUCAUGAAAUUCGCAUAAACUGUAAUUGUAGCAUAGAGAUUACACUGUAUCUAAAAAAAAACGGUAAUGAAACAAGCAUGUAAUGAUGAGUGCUAUUCGUAAGACAGUGAGGAUGUAAAAGAUGAUGACUACUUGUGUCGUAUUGAAAUUUUCGCUCAAUCACACAGUGACAUGAUAGACUUUCACGGGCGUUUUCUCUGAGCAUGCUCUGUCAUUGAAAAGUUCUGUUUCAUUUUAAUGUGUGCUGGGACUCUGUGGCUAAUAUUGUACACAGUAAAGUUUGAAUCAUAUCUGUCACUUCAGAUAAGAUGAGCAUGAAUUUCUAAGGACAGCAGAGUAGAACUAAUUACAUUAUAGUUUGCAUGGUACAUUACUAACUAGGUUAUAUGCUAGCUUUUGCAAACCUUUAAACACCCCUGUCCAUCUUACAACAGUGCAAACGAACCAGAAUGGCAAGCAGGUUAGGUGACAGAUCACCAUGUCUGCAAAGUGUUUAAUGGUUUUUCGGUGCUGAAGCAGUUGAAAUAUUAUACAGAAAAAAUGCAUGUGCUUCUCAGUAAAGUUGUGCUUUAAGAAGAUUCAAAGUAGGCUGUGCUAAGAGCAUCAUGACCAUAGCACAUGGCUUCAGUUCAAGUGCUUGUGUAGAGCACAUAAGACUGCAUCUGGAAAGGGCCGCAAAGAAAAAUCGGAGGAGAAAAAAAAAUAUCGAGAGGCUCAUCACUGAAUGGGAUCGGUUCCUUUGGCUUUGACAAAUGGGUUGCCAUAGGGAAGGGGUACCUACAGACACUAGCGGAGUGGAAAAGUGGCCUCUCUCGACACAUCAAUGAUGCUAGUGGAGAUGAAAAGGUAUGCUGUCUCUUGACACUACCGUGGUGCUAGCGAAGUUUAAAAGAGAGACUGUCUCUUAAAGUUUCAUGGGCUAACUGGGCUAACAGAAAAUCUAAUUUCUUCUAACUCCUGCAACAAUGAACUAAUCUGUUAAGUACAUUUAGUAAAAUACUUUGUGUAUGUCACAUUACAACUUUUUAUACGUGACAAAUUUGUGAAGGGGCAUAGCGAGGGCUUCUUUGACCUGUAGAAAUUGAACAUCACGGAAAGAUGCGAGCAUUAUUGACUCCCUUGUUUGAACUUGCAAGAAGGAAACACUAGAUGUUUGCAGAUGUCAGUUGUCUGAAACAUUAGAUAUUUGCUGAUGUCAAUUGUCUUUGGUUGAAUUCUCAUACGAAGUGUGCAUGGUAACUUUGGCCUCGCUUCAUGCUGCGAUGUGCUGCUGAGGGCCUGUUAGUCAUAACAUGGCACAUCGUCUGCUGCAGUGCAUGACUGAUGAUUAAUACUGGUUCUUCGUUAUUGAGCAGUUCCAGUUUCUGUUUAAGGGAGCUCGAAAAACGAGCCGCCGGGUGCAACUACCGCCAUCUAGUGUAUGCAGCUCUCGACCACAUCAACACUCGUAACUGUGACUCACUUCUCUACGAUCCACGUCAAGAAGUUCUUUUGAACAGGAAACGGGACAGUAGUGACGCCAAACAUAAAACAUUCAAAUAGUGCGGCACGGAUAUUGAAAUGCAGCAGGCAAUCAGAAGUACCGACUGCCGGAAGAAACGCGGCAAAAGAAAAUUGUCGGCUAUGACAUCAUCAUAACUUGUUUUAUUGACUGCUGUGUGGUGACAUGAGGGAAGUAAGGGGGUCCCCAUCGAGUCCCCUUUGGAUGAUGUGAAUACUUUCAAAAUUCAAAAUUGCUAUAAAAGACCUUCCAAGCUAUAUUAGCUGUUGAUAUUUUGCAGAUGAUUUACACAUGUUUACAGGAAUCGAUCCCAUAGGCUAUCUCGGUUUCAAAAUAUUGUGUCAGUAGCCCUUUAAGAUUAAUGAUUCAAUUCUCAGUUUAUUAAAUGAGGAGAGACGUGUUGCGAUUGGCGGAAAUGACGCUGGCCAUUGCUCGAGGUAUAUAUGUCCGCUUUCUUGAAAGCACAAAAUCGGCAACGCAUUUCAGAUGUUUUUCCACGAACUGUCACUAAGUGCAGCGUUACACUUUCAAAUUGUCGUGAAAUUACUAACUGAGGCACAAAUGCAGCAACACUAUCGUUCAGUCUAUAUAUUUGGGGGGGGGGGGGAUAUUGAGACUUCUGCUAGCCUCAGGAGUCCUAUUAAAUGAGCUUACAUGCCUUGAUUAUUGGACAGCUUCUUUUUUUUAAUUUUGCUUUUCACCUUUGAAGCAUGUGGCAUGGUACUAUGGCAUGCUGGCAGUCAUUCAGAUAUGAAAUUGAGGAAAGAAGUUUGGUCUCAGUAUAAUAUGAAUUCACUUAAUUGUGUCAAAAAAUCGGAAAUAGUUUUCACAAGUUGGCUUCCAUGUUUCUCUUUUGUGCCACUUUAAGCUAUGUUGGAAAAUUUUGUUUAGUGAUUUUAAGUGGGGUUUAUCUUUUACUCUCAUCACCUAUCUGAACCUUUUGUCUCCACUUUUUGUGUUAAGUCUUAUAUAUUGCUUGCUCAAAGUGCAAGCAGUAUAAGCUGUAAAGCAGUAUAUGCUAUAAAUGCAAGAAUUUUGAGUUGUAGUUUAUCAGUGUAAUAUUGGUGCUAUUUAAGAGGUGGCCCUUGAGGAAGCAUUCCAUUGGCUUCUGAAGUCGGUUCAGUUUGUGCAUUCAGAAAUCCGGGAGUGGCAGUGACUCUUCAGAUUUCUUGUUGUUUCGAACCGUUUUAAGACCUUCAGCAAGUUUUUAAGGGCAUCACAACUUCUUGUUUAUUUUAACAAAGGGUCCCUUACUAGACUUGGCCAGUAAAAACAAACGAGGGGUAGUGCAUAAAUAGCUGUGCUACGCCACUUGUUUGUUUUCUAAAUCAAAUUGAGAAUGUAAUGGCCCGUUCAAGUGGAUUACCCGAAGGGGUGGUCAUUACUUACACGUAACAUUUCCAUCUCCAGAUAGCUCAUUUUUAAUCACACAAGGGUUGGGAAGGGCUUCCCUACAGUGCUUUUUUGUAAUUACCCUCAAGUUGCGUGCUUUGCCAUCCAUUAUCAAAAGGGGCUUGCAGAUAUAGAAGUCAACAAGUUAAUUUCUUUAGACAAGCUGUGAACAAGUAAACUUAAGAAAUUAGUUGUUUUACAAUGAACACAGGGGACUUUGGUAUGCAGGAAAUCGACUUAAAUUCUCGCAUUUAAGUUAAUUAUUGCCUUGAAAUUCGUCCAUCACAGGGCACUCACUGUGAUGGGCAAAUAUUGCUAGUGUCUGUUUAUGAAGCACCCCCUGCCUCUUUUUUUUUUCUUUGCUAGUUACUCGUGCCUGUUUUGGGGAGACCAAUCUUUCGUAAAGAGGCAUAGUGUGUGUCAGUUUUUCUUCAUUUAAUUUGUGUGUGACACUGCAGCUUUGAGUAAGACAGAGAAUAAUUGUUGUAGUCUGUGGAUUAUAUUGCUAUUUUUGUAGAAACUGUGGUAUCCUUUGUGUUUGUUUUAAAUAUUCCAGCUGCUUUUUAGGAUGGCGAUAUAUACUUCUUCGCGUUUCAUUAAAAUUCAACAAUUUGUGCUGCUGAAUGAUAAAAAAAGCGAUGAAAUGGCUUUUUAAUCGUAAUCCCAGAUUAUGUACUGUCUAAUAUUUAUACUUUACCUCAUAUUGAGGUGUUUAUAGGCCAUGUAGGACAAAGGUAUCUUUCCAAGUCAUUUUAUUGUAAUCUGUGUUGUAACUACUCAAAUUGUUUCCUUUUGUGCACAUAUACAGUUACAGUCUUCUGAAGUAUUUUAGGAGGCACUAAGCAUUGAGGCGGCUAACAUUUGAAGUCGCACCUUGUAUAUGUACAGUUUGAAUCUAGAAUUUAAGUCCGCCUUUAACUCGAAGUGUGCCAAUAUUUUUAUAAGUGAUGCAAAAGAACAAGGGGUUUUGGAAGUGUAACCUUUGCAGCUCUAAUAUAAUUUAUUAAUUGCAGUUUUCUUAUUGCUGCUUUGUCAGGCUCUUGUGCUGUAUUGCGUCCAGAUGUCCUGUUGCUAUCCUCGCUACGAUCAGGAAGCUUUUUGGGGCAUAUUUAUUUGUUGCAGUUUUUUUACAUGUAAAUGUUGGCAAUUUUCAUUGUUUUUAGUGCCUUUUCUUUGCUGGUUAUCCAGAUAUUCCAUGUUUACAGGCUUUAAAGCAUUCAUCAUAACCUUUAAUCAUUUGUAUUGUUACAGUUAAAGCAGUUUGUGUUGCUAAGGCUUAAUGUGAUAAGCUCAAAGUAAGUUGGCGUACCUAGAGCGUUGCUAAAGUACUUCUUUAAAGCUUCGGGACCCGGGAAAGCUUCUUCUAUUCCAUUUUCAUGCACUGGGUUUUUGGUGCCUGAAAGCUUGUGAUCAUACUGUGAAACCUGUGUACCCUGGCUAACACGCUUUAUAAAGCUGGUGUACAGCUUGUGCCAUUUUUUGUUAUUGAGAACUCUUUGUACCCUUGUGGUGUUAGAAAUAAAAGUCUUCAGUUUUUAUGAUGUAA